ACUAGACUCAAAUAGGAGUGCCUUGUUAAUUGAGUGUGACUUUUCUCUCUUGGAAGGCUCCCUUUAGUUCUUCUUAUAUAUUAAUUCAACUCCCUUUCUCAGCUGCCACUUCAUUUUCUCAACCUCCCUGUCACUUCUCUCUCUUUCUCUCCCUCUCUCUCUCUCUCUCUCUCUCUCUAAACAUCUUUUCUACCGCAACUCCCUUAAAAAUCCAUUCAGAGCCACCUCUAGCCGUUGCUGACAGUUCUCCUAGGAUUCAACAAACUUGCCGUUUAAGGAUAGGUUCCCCCUCAUAGCUGGUGGCAGGUCUUGCUCUAAAAUGGGGAGGCACUCUUGCUGUUACAAGCAGAAGCUAAGGAAAGGCCUGUGGUCACCUGAGGAGGACGAGAAGCUUCUGAGGCAUAUUACAAAAUAUGGUCAUGGGUGUUGGAGCUCUGUUCCUAAGCAAGCUGGUCUGCAGAGGUGUGGGAAGAGCUGCAGAUUGCGGUGGAUCAACUACUUGAGGCCUGAUUUGAAGAGAGGUACAUUCUCACAGGAGGAAGAGGACCUUAUAAUCGAACUUCAUGCGGUCCUCGGGAACAGGUGGUCUCAGAUUGCAGCACAAUUGCCUGGAAGAACCGACAAUGAAAUAAAAAAUCUAUGGAACUCUUGCUUAAAGAAGAAACUCAGGCAGAGAGGCAUUGACCCCGUCACCCACAAACCACUUUCCGAAGUGGAGAAUGGAGAGGAUAAAGAUACAGAAGCCAAAAGCCGAGACAAAAUGUCGGUGGUAUCCAAUGAACUGAAUCUCCUCAAGGCAGAAAGCUCAAUGCAAGAGGAAGCUUUACUUGAGCAGAGGCCAUCCCCAAUUGCUCCACAUGGCUACCCUUUGGAAGUCCAGGGUUCUUCCAGCUCCAGGACAACAAACAGCCGGAGCAUCAAUAACAAUUUGAUGACAUCCACAGUACCCAACAAUGACUUCCUCCAAGAUAGAUUUGUAACCUCCCACCAAGAAAGUUCCACAAACAACUGCCAGCCUUCAGAUUUGGUGGGGCAUUUUCCGCUUCAGCAAUUGAGUUAUGCAUCAAAUUCCACAAACUCCAACCCCGCGCAGUGGUUCACCCAAAGUGGGAAAUCAUUUGAUAUGAAUUCUGAGUUUGCAAUAUCUAGCAUUCUAUCACCUACAAACACUUCAUUGCUACCGACCUCUAUUGGUUACAAGCCUUCACUUACUUUCCCCUCCGAUAAUAAUGUAUCCAUGAGCUCCUUCACAGUCAACGGAUCCCGCUACUGGGAAGGCAGCGCCACCGCCACCGCCAACAUUAACAGCAAUAGCAGCAGCGGAAGCAGCAGCAGCGCUGAGUUGCAGAGCAGCAGCUCCUUGCUGGAGAACAGCAUGUUUUCAUGGAGAUUGGCGGAUUGUGGGACAUCAGAUACGGAGACCCAAAUCCAUCUGACGGAAAGCCAACCCGAAGACAUCAAGUGGGCUGAAUAUUUUAGUCAACCAUUAUUGAUGGCGGCUGCUUUACAAAAUCAAACUCCACAGUGCUUAUACAAUGAGAUAAAAUCAGAAACACAUUUGGUGACCGACAGUUCAAGUGCUGUGUGGCCUCAUAACAAGCAGCAAGGAUCUUUACAGGCUAAUUCUGAUAUAUGUGGUAAGGAUAUCCAAAGACUUGCGGCGGCCUUUGGGCAUACUUAGCUUGAAUUAAGAUGUGAAGCCUCUGGUUUUCUCAAACAAAGUGCAGAAUUUUCAUUUAAAAUUAAGAAGAGGCUCCAAGAAGUACUGCAGCGCAUUGCAGUGCUUGCUAGCUGUUUUCUUAGAAGAGGUGUGUGCCACAUAUUCUUCUCUUGUAUAUAGGUCACAUACAAAAAAACAUUUCUUUGCCUCUGGUUUUGGUAUAUUUGUGAGGAAACAAUCUUGCUAUUUUACCUUUUUUCUUCUUUGGUGUGGGAUAGAAUUUCACAAUAAGGCUUGUACCCUUGUCUUUUUUUACUCUUUUCUAAUUUUACUCUCAUUGCUUA